CUCAGCCAUGGCAGCGCCCCCCUCUCAGGUGCGCCAGAACUACCACCAGGACUGCGAGGCCGCCGUCAACCGCCAGAUCAACCUGGAGCUUUACGCGUCCUACGUGUACCUCAGCAUGUCCUACUAUUUUGACCGGGAUGAUGUGGCCCUGAAAAACUUUGCCAAGUACUUCCUGCAUCAGUCCCACGAGGAGCGGGAGCACGCUGAGAAGCUGAUGAAGCUGCAGAACCAGAGGGGCGGGCGCAUCUUCCUGCAGGACAUCAAGAAGCCAGACCGUGAUGACUGGGAGAAUGGCCUGACUGCCAUGGAGUGUGCCCUGCACCUGGAGAAAAAUGUGAACCAGUCACUGCUAGAGCUGCACAAAUUGGCAACCGAAAAGAACGACCCACACCUGUGUGACUUCAUUGAGACCCACUACCUGGAUGAGCAGGUGAAAGCCAUCAAGGAGCUGGGUGACCAUGUGACAAACCUGCGGAAGAUGGGGGCCCCCAAGUACGGCAUGGCAGAGUAUCUGUUCGACAAGCACACCCUCGGGGACUCUGACAGCUGAAGCCUUGCCAAGAGCUACGCUGUGGGUUUCAGUGGGACUCCUACUUACUGUCCAGCCGUGCAUGCAGCUUCAGCUACCUAGAUAAACAGUUCCAUUCUCUGUACCAAAUAUCCCCCCUCUUUGUGUUUUAUGUACUGCCCUCCAGCCAAUAAAGUGACUUGGUUCCA